AUGGUGGGUUGUCUCCGGGCGAGUAAGGUAGGGUUUGGUGGAGGUGGGUUUGAUUUUGUGGUAAAGGAAGGGUUGGGUGUGAAACGAUUGUGGGGAGAGGAGGCAAUUUUUAGGCGACGAUUGAUGCAUGAAUUUGAACGAUCAUUGAGUUUAUCAUGUUGGAGUUUGGCCAAGCUAAUGGUGUUAGAGAGUGAAACAAGUGCUAAGCGAAGUUCCAAGGAAUCAAAAGCCGUUGUUAUGCAUCCACUGAAACCAAGACAAUGCUUCACCCUCCAUGUAGAAAGAAGCAAUAUUGAGACGUUAAUUAUGGCUGAAGGAUCUAGGAGGAAUCUUGCCCCUGAAGAUAGUAUGACUCCAACACCCACUGUUGAACCAUGGGAAAAGGUUAUGGAAGCUAUUCAAAUGCAAGCAACGACUACCCAUAAUCUGGUACAACAAAUGGCAAUGCAAAGAGAUAACACUGCAAAUGCCAACAGGGUGUUUUAUGAUUUUCUAAAGUUGCAGCCUCCAUUAUUCCAGGGCAGCCACAAUCCCUCAGAGGCUCAAGCUUGGUUGAAUGAGAUUAAAAAGGCAUUUGAAGUAGUGCCUUGUACUGAAGAACAAAAAGUGGCAUUUGCUGCCCACCUACUAAAGGGUGGGGCAGAACAAGUAUUAUCCAAAAAGUGCCAGAAGACAAAAAGAGAUGGAGUUUGUGCACCUGCAAUGUCUGUUGCAGAGUAUGUUGUUAAGUUUGAAGAAUUGGCUAGAUUUUCUCCACAUGCUCAAUAUGCACCCACAGAAGAAUGGAAGAUAAACCAAUUCGAAUGGGGAUUGAGACCUGAAAUCAGAGGGAACAUAGGCCAUAUGGAGAUUACUAACUAUUCUACUCUUGUACACAAGAGCUACAUUGUUGAAGACAAUUUAAAGAAGGUACAAGAGGAGAGACAGGUUAAGUGGCAACAAAAGAAAGAGUCUGGAAAAUUUGGUCAACAAUUGAAGGUAAAGACUCCCCAAGGAAAGGGAAAACAAGUACAGACAUCUAGUUCCCCAAGAGCAAAGAAGUGUCUUAAGUGUGGUAGAGAUCAUGGGGGAGAGUGCUUGGUUGGAAAACAAGUCUGCUACUACUGUAAACAGCUUGGUCAUAUGGCUCCCUUUUGCCCAAUACGCCAAAAACAAGCAGAGUCCAACCCAAACAAGUCUAACACUGGAAGGGUCUUUGCUCUCAGUGCAAAGAAAGGUAUGAAUCAUAAUCUAAUAACUAGCACUGGAUUCAUAAAUGAAAUUCCUUUAAUUGUCAUGUUUGACACUGGUGCAUCCCAUUCUUUCAUCUCCUCUGAUUUUGUUUUGCAACAUAAUCUUCCUGUACUUGAAAUGCCUUAUCCCUUAAUUGUAAGCACUGCAUCUAAGAAUUCAAUAAAUACCUCCUUAGUAUGUCACCAGUUCCCAAUCACUCUGUUUGAUAGAGUUUUUCCAAUAAACCUAGUCUGUUUGCCCCUUAAGGGCUUGGACAUCAUAUUAGGAAUGGAUUGGAUGUCUGAUCAUUCAGUAACUUUGAUUUGCCAUGGUAGGAAAGUCAUAAUUCCUCCAAGAAUUCCCCAACCAGAGGAAACCAAUUACCGCUCCUUGACCAACAGUUCCAUACUCUUCCAAUGUCUGACUAAUGGGUUUCAAGGCGUAUUAUUAUUACUAUCCUCUAACUCAGGGUCUGAAAUGGACUUGUCCAAUAUUCCUGCAGUCAGUGAGUUUGAGGAUGUCUUUCUAGAGGAUGUGACAUCUUUGCCUCCUGAAAGAGAAGUAGAGUUCUCAAUAGAUUUGGUCCCUGGAACAGGACCAAUCUCCAUUGCCCCUUACAGGAUGCCCCCAUUAGAAUUGAGUGAGUUGAAAAACCAAUUAGAGGACUUGAUAACCAAGCAGUUUAUCCGACCAAGUGUGUCUCCUUGGGGAGCCCCAGUGCUCUUGGUAAAGAAGAAGGAUGGCAGCAUGAGGUUAUGCAUAGAUUAUAGAAAAUUGAAUAAAGUGACCAUCAAGAAUAAAUACCCUCUGCCCAGAAUUGAUGACCUUUUAGACCAAUUAGGGGGAGCUACUGUGUUCUCCAAAAUUGACUUGAGGUCAGGGUACCACCAAAUCAGAAUAAAAUCAGAUGAUAUACCAAAAACAGCAUUUAGAACUAGGUAUGGGCAUUAUGAAUUUUUGGUUAUGCCUUUUGGUGUAACCAAUGCUCCAGUUGUGUUCAUGGAUUACAUGAAUAGAAUUUUUAGGCCAUACUUAGAUAAGUUUGUGAUAGUAUUUAUAGAUGACAUACUAAUAUACUCUAAGACUCCAGAAGAACAUGCAAGCCAUGUGAUCAAUGAGAAAGGAGUGGCAGUGGAUCCCUCCAAAGUAGAGGCAGUGCUGAAAUGGGAACAUCCUAGGAAUGUGACAGAGGUUAGGAGUUUCUUAGGACUGGCGGGAUCCAACCUAAAGCAUCAAAACCAUCGAGAGUUGGAAAUGAUCGAGCUUAAUUUGCUUGAUGGAGGUGGUUGUGAAAUGAUCGAGCUUAAUGGCCAUGAGAGUUGGAAAUCCAGCGGGGGCCAAGCCAGUUCGCAUAUGCGUAAGUUCAGUCGAGAGUUAAGUGAGGUUGGCCUUAAAGGCUUGUUGAUUGAGUAA